AGCUCCUAGCCCAUUGUGAUAGAAAGUAGAAACUGAAGUUCUCGUCUUAUACUUCUAUUUCUUAGAGAGAGAGAGAGAGAGAGUGAGUGUUUUCGGCUGCUCCAAGCCAGAUAUAUAUAUAUAUAUAUAGAGAGAGAGAGAGAGAGAGAGAGAAAGAAAACUCCAGAACCAGAAAGAGGAACUUCAAAGCUUAUCUCUACUGAGAUACAGAGUCCCAAAAAAUCAAUGGGCGAGGAAGAAAAGAAACCAACAGAGGAAAAGAAAAUGGAGGAGAAGCCGGAGGAAGGGAAGAAGGCGGAGGAAGAGAAGAAGGAAAAGAAAGAAGAAGACAAAAAGCCAGAGAAACCGGCCGCGGAGGAAAAGAAAGAAGAGAAAAAGGCAGAAGAAUCGAAAGAAGACACGGCUCCUCCUCCUCCACCGCCGCCGCAGGAAAUCGUCCUCAAGGUCUACAUGCAUUGCGAGGGAUGCGCCCGCAAGGUCCGCAGGUGCCUCAAAGGCUUUGAAGGGGUUGAAGAUGUGAUGACGGAUUGCAAGACCAACAAAGUGGUGGUGAAGGGAGAGAAGGCGGAUCCAUUGAAGGUGCUGGACAGAGUUCAGAGGAAGAGUCACCGGCAGGUGGAGUUGUUGUCUCCCAUCCCCAAACCGCCGGCGGAGGAGGAGAAGAAGCCUGAGGAGAAAGAGAAACCCAAAGUUGAAGAAAAGAAAGAAGAGCCUCCUGUGGUGACAGUAGUGCUAAAGGUUCACAUGCAUUGCGAGGCUUGUGCAAUGGAGAUCAAGAAACGGAUUCAAAGAAUGAAAGGAGUGGAAUCUGCAGACCCAGAUCUGAAAAACUCCCAGGUAACAGUGAAAGGAGUUUUUGAUCCUCCAAAACUGGUUGAGUACGUUUACAAGAGGACCGGCAAGCACGCCGCGAUCGUGAAGCAGGAACCACCGCCGGCAGAGAAGAAAGAGGAAGACAAAGGAAAAGAAGACAAGAAAGGCGAGGAAGGUGGCGAGAAAGAAAACAAAGGUGGCGAUGGCGGGGGCGGUGGUGGAGAAGGCGAAGGAGAGAAGAAAGAGAAGAAGGAAGGUGAAGAUCAGAAAGGUGAAGGCAAAGGUGGAGAAGAAGCAGCGGCCGCCAUAGAAGAAACUAAAGUUGUGGAACUGAAGAAAAAUGAAUACUUGUACUACAUCCCACAGACACAGAGGUAUGCCAUGGACAUGUACCCACUACAUCCAUACCCAUACCCACCUCAGAUCUUCAGUGAUGAGAACCCUAACGCCUGUUCUGUCAUGUAAAAAGAUGGUGAAGUGAAGGGCAAUAUAGGAAAUAGAAAAAUAUCCAAAUAGUGGGAGUUGGAUCUCUCUCUGUCCUGCUCUGCAUGUGCUUCUGUACUCUGUGUAGUUCUUGCUAUAAAGUAUAAUCUACAGAUAAACUGUAGAAUUUUGUGAGA